CAGGUGCGGGAGACGGCCGGGGGCAGAGAGGAAGGGGCGCCAGCGGAGAGCUGAGCGGACUGCGCCCGGCGGGGAUCGGGGGCGGGGGGCGCGCGGACAGGGGUUGAUCGGAGGCGGGGUCCGGAAGAGGAUGUGCUGCAAAGAGCAGAGGCGGGCGGAGCGGGGCGGGGUAGGACGAGCAGUUGAGAGCGGGGGCGCGCGAGGUGUGCAAGGUGCAGGGUGGAGAGCAGGGAGCACCUGGGUAGGUGAACAGGGACGUGCAACCUAGAGGCUGUGAGGACGGGCUGCCGAAAAGGGGAAUCGAGCGAGCGGGGCCGGCAGGUGGGCGCAUACUGGGAGAGAGAAAGGGCAGAGACUACCUAUAGGUGAAGCCCCACAGCCUUACGCCAGAGAAGACUAGCUACCUGAGCAGCCUGGUAUUUUCCCAGCUUAGCACCUUUGCAUUUGCUGGUGACUUCUGCCUGGUUCCUGUCCACUGAAAAAAAUCGCACAUCUGAGAGCUGUGAGUUCAGUUUUAUUUGGGGACUUAACUGAGGACUCUAGCCCUGGAGACAGCUGCUCUGACAACUCUGAGAAACUGCUUCUGCUUGGAAGAGAUUUGUGAAAUAGUGUGACCCUGCUUGACGUUUUCCAAACCCACCAGGAUGGAAACCGAAUACCUGAAGUGGUGCUUUGGAAAUUGCCUGGCUCGGGCGCUGGCAGAAGUGGCAAAGGUUCAGCCCAGUGACCCCAUAGAGUACCUGGCUCACUGGCUUUAUCGUUACAAGAAAACGGCGAUGGCAAAAGAAAAGGAUAGGCAAGAGAAGAUCCAGCUGCAAGAAGAAUAUGAAAAUAGCCUCAAAGAAACCAGAGUGACAGAAAUGCUGAUGCAAGAAGAGUGUGAGAUUCAACAGAAGUGUGAAAAGUGUCAUCCCGUGCCACUGAUAUCUGUAGCGAGUUCCACAAAGAAGACCGUGUUCAUGCAGGAGAACACAAAACCCCUUGAGAAGGAAGCCUUGAAGCAGGAAUCCCUGCCAGGAACUUCCAGUAUGAUUCCAGGAAUGCCUCAACAGAUUCCUUCUUCAGAGCCAUCUGUCCAGGUUGACUGGAACAUUGAAACUCCACAAGACAUAAAUUACCAGGCUUUUUAGCAUGAAAUUGCUCCUGAAAUGCAUCCUAGCUCCACAUCUCCUCCCUAGGUUAUAGAAGGUGGAUGAUUCUAGUGAUGCUUCUCUCAAAGCUGCAAGCUGAGAAAACGGCCAGCUAGAAGAGCUCUUACUUGAAGAUGAUUAACUAUGUGGAUUAAACCAAGAUAUGAGAGGCUGUGGAAGGAGAUGUCUGCAGGGACUCUCCAGCCCAAGCCCUGUCCUGACAGCCAUGAAAACCCCUUAAUCAUGUGAAGAUUUGAACUACUUAUAGGAUAAAAUAACUCAUAAUAAGGAUUUAAAAUAAGUAACCAGGGCCUCCCUGGUGGCGCAGUGGUUAAGAAUCCUCCUGCCAAUGCGGGGGACAUGGGUUCGAGCCCUGGUCCAGGAAGAUCCCACAUGCCGUGG